AUGCUUAGACUAGCUAGGCCCCUACUUAGACCUAGGUUCAACCAUCUAGUCAAAUUCUCCAUCGUUGGCUUCACCUCCUACCAAAUCUAUCGCCAAUCCCCCAUCAUCAACGAAAUCCAUGCCAUUGAUACCUCCAAGCAUGAUCUCACCAUAGACUCAUCAGCUGAAACUUUUGAAAUGGGGCUUUAUAUGGCCUCCCAACAAGAAGAAAUCGACCAAUACCAUCAAUAUCGUCACGAAAAACUCACUGGGAACAUCUUUAAGCGGUUAUGGUACCAUCUUGGCUUCAAAAUCGUGGAUUAUAUCAUAGAUCCCCUUAUAACCUUCACCAGAUUCGUGGAAUUGAGUUGUAUCCUUACUCCCAUCAUCCUCGCAUAUCCCUUGGUGUUAUACGGCCGGAGAAACCAGGUCGGGGCCAAAUUAUGGUACCGAUUGAUACGAUGGUCAGCAGAAAUAGCCGGAGCUUCAUUCAUUAAAUUGGGUCAAUGGGCUGCCACCAGAACUGACCUUCUCCCCAAGGGAAUGUGUGACGAGCUUAACAAUUUACACUCCAAUGCCAAAGCCCAUUCGUUCCAUGCCACCAAGAAGAUCAUCAUGGCCAGUUUCAAUAACGGUGACCUGGAGAAAUUCCAAUUCGACGACAUUUUCGAUGAAUUCAACGAGACCCCUAUCGGUGUUGGCGCCAUUGCUCAAGUCUAUUUGGCCAAGAUCAAUGAAAAGUUCAUCAAUAAAGUCACCGAUGCUGAAACUGACCUUCAACUGAAACUUAAGCUUCAGUCACGUGACGGAUCACAUGAUUCAUCACGCGACGAAAAUUCUUAUAGUUCAAUUAUGGAGAAGUUCUUUGUUACCAAAGAUCCGUUGGAAUCCAACCAAACGGUGGCCAUCAAAGUCCUCCACCCUAAGGUGGAGGUAAAGAUCAACAGGGACUUGAAAUUGAUGAAAUUCUUCGCUAAUUUGAUCAAUUGUAUUCCUACGAUGGAAUGGCUUUCGUUACCGGACGAGGUAGACCAGUUCGCAGUACUAAUGAGACUUCAGCUCGACCUAAGGAUUGAGGGUUUAAACCUCGCUAAGUUCCGUCAUAACUUUAGGUCCAAUAAUGACAUUCAUUUCCCUAAACCGUACCUUAAUUUCUCCACCCGGACGGUAUUGGUUGAAGAAUUCAUGAGAGCCAUCCCUCUUGAGAAGGUUCUCUCCAUCAACGACAACUUCGGUAAGAAUCUUUCCAAGGAGAUCAGUGACAAGGGUCUCGAUGCUUUCCUUAAAAUGUUGAUUUUAGACAAUUUCAUCCAUGCCGACCUACACCCUGGGAAUAUGAUGGUACGGUUCUAUAAGAAUGAGUUGUACAAACAUGAAAAAGAGUACAAAAUCGUUAAGACCAGUAAUGAAGAAGAAACCAAUCGAAUCACAUCAGAAUUGCUCGCUAUUCCUACCGACAACCAGGCGGCAUGGUGCGAGAAAUUAGCGAGACUUUACAACGAUGGCUACCACGCGGAAAUUUGUUUCUUGGACGUAGGAAUCGUCACUGAACUCAACCAUACCGACCGGUAUAAUUUCAUCGACUUAUUCAAAGCCCUCCUGGAGUUUGACGGGUUCAAGGCAGGAGAAUUAAUGAUUGAAAGAUCCAGAACUCCCGAUACUGCCAUAGAUAAGGAGGUGUUCGCCCUUAAGGUAGAGAAAUUGGUCGACCGAAUGAAACAAAGGACCUUCGCCUUAGGUAAUUUGAGUAUCGGAGACCUUCUUGAUCAAGUUUUGAACAUGGUGAGGAAACAUCACGUGCGUAUGGAAGGAGACUUCAUCAGUAUCGUGGUAGCAAUUCUCUUGCUUGAAGGAAUAGGGAGACAAUUAGACCCCAACUUGGAUUUGUUUGCAAGCUCGUUGCCUAUAUUGAGACAAUUGGGUGCGCUGAAGGAAGGGAGAGAUAUCUUGAGGAACGAGAACAGUUUGUCCAUGAUGAAGGUGUGGUUGGCGUUGGAGGUGAGACAGUUUAUUCAUGCAUCGGUCCAGGAUGUGAAUGUAUUGGUGAAAAGUGAUAUGUUGAGUCCUAAUGUUUAG